GUCAGUGGCAUACCCCCAGACCAAUGGCCAAGCAGAAGCGUCCAACAAGCUGAUUCUCCAAGGAUUAAAAUAGCAUCUCCGAGACGCCAAAGGGGCAUGGACGGUUGAACUACCUCACAUCUUAUGGGCACAUCGCACAACCCACAAGACGGCUACAGGCGAAACCCCCUUGCCCUAACCUAUGGUUCUGAGGUGGUCGCCCCUGAAGAAAUGGUCCUACCAUCCCUCCGCGUCCAAGCUUACCACCCUGAGGCCAACCACCAAAGAUUACUCAAACACUUGAACAUGGUGGAGUCAAGGCGGGAGGUAGCCAUGGAGCGCAUUAUGAGCGAAAAGGCUAAAGUAGCCACCUCCUAUAACCAGAAGGUGAAACUGCGCCCCCUUGAGGAGGGCGACAUGGUUCUCAAGCGGGACUUCCAAAAGAAAGAUGAACAUGGCAAGCUGGUCGGUACCUGGGAAGGCCCGUUCCUUAUCAGAGAGAAGACAAGUCCCAACACCUUUCAUCUUGCAACCAUGGAGGGCAUUCCCGUCUCUAAAAUGUGGAAUGGCAUGCAUCUGCGAAAGUACCACACAGACGUGGUCUGAGGUCCUCCUCGUUUCAAUGUAAGGAUCUCUUUUAGUGGAGAAGGCAACGACCCGCCACUUGUAACAGUAUAUGGGAUGCUACUAAGCACCCACUUCUGGAUCCCUUUUGGUGGAGAGGGUGAUGACCCGCCACUUGUAACAGUGUAUGAUAUGCUACUAAGCACCCACUUUUGCCCACGUAAUACACUGAUUCUUGUUUCGGCCAACACUCUUGACCUCAAUCUCUACAUUGCACACCUCUUUCGAUUAAAUAACACAAAGGUUC